UGUGGAACAUGGCGGCGGCGUCCGUGCUCUCGGCGAAGAAGAAGAACGGCGCUGGCAGCCCGACCGUGCAGACGAGCAAGCGGGAGCCCAGCGUCAAGCUGCAGUACCCGGUGAGCGGCCCCGAGCCUCUGGGCUGGUCCGAGGACAAUCGGCUCUCCAUCACCACCGGUAAAAACAUCUACGUGUUGGAGCAGAUAUGCGACAUUCACAACAACGGGCUGGACAUGGUGAUCCACCGCACCUCGGUGCCUGCCCCCAGUCACAGCUGCUUCCUGAAGGUCGGCUCUCAAGCAGAAGUAAGUGAAUGCAAGGAGAAGUUCUUGAAUAAAAGAGAUCCAACACUAAGCCACUCAAUAAUGAUGGACAGGAUCUUUAAUCCGGAGGGAGGUGCUUUGUCACCGUUACGAGGGUUUAAAUUUACCAGUUGGUCUCCCCUGGGUUGUGACCCUAAUGGAAGGUGUUUAUUGGCAUCUUUGACGCUGGAUAAUAGACUAUCCAUCCAGGUGAACGUGAAUAGGCUACAGUGGACACCAGCUUUAGAUAUUACUGAAGUGUACGGUGAGAUGCUGUACGAGAACAAGUACGGGCAUUUGGAUGGCGACUUGGACGGGCAAUUGAAGAAUUUCUCGGAAUUCCAAAGGAGACAUUACAUGCAAACUCCUGUCAGAAUGGAAUGGUCCAGUAUUUGCAAUACCCAGCGUGUAAAAGCCAACAAUGAGUGUGAAGAUGUGGGCACUGUUUUGCUGGCUGUUCUACUUGAAAAUGGGGAUGUUGUUAUCUGGCAGUUUUUGAUCCCAUUUCAUGGCAAAGAUUCUAUUAUUGGAUGCAGUACUAUUGAAUCAGGCAUUAGUGACCCAAGUGUUCUGUCAUGGUGGGAAUAUGAGCAUGGGAGUCGCAAAAUGAGUGGCUUGAUUGUUGGCAGCUCCAAAGGACCAGUUAAGAUUCUGCCAGUCAACUUGAAAGCAGUGAAAGGCUACUUCACUCUCAGGCAGCCCGUGGUUCUUUGGCAAGAGAUGGAUCAGUUACCUGUGCACAAUAUUAAAUGUAUAUCUCUCUCCCACCCGUAUCAGAAGUGUAGCUGCAGUUUGGUUGUAGCAGCUAGAGGAACGUAUGUCUUCUGGUGUCUGCUGCUGAUAUCCAAAGCAGGAUUGAACGUCCACAAUUCUCAUGUAACUGGCCUCCAUACGCUUCCCAUUGUAUCACUGACCGCCAACAAACAAACUGGGAGUUUCUACACCUGCUCUGUCGAUGGAACCAUCCGAAAGUUGACGCCCGUCUUUACAGACGUAGCAGUGAAGUUUGAUCAUGUUUUAAUCAAAUUGCCUGAGUCGAUUGGCUCAGUGAGGCUCCAUGGUAUCUGCCUGAGCCCCAAUGACGCUUACUUAGCACUCGUGACGGCAGAAGGUAUAAAUAAUGGCCUCCAUCCAGCCAGCCGAACAUACCAGGUGCAGUUCAUUACGUUAAAAACUCCAGAGGAAGCAGCGUCCAGGAUCUUGGAGUCUUCCAUCCACAAUUUAUUCAAACAAGUGGACUUGCUUGACCUUGUACGCUGGCGAAUAUUGAUGGAGAAGCGCAUUCCUCCAGAACUCGAUGAAGCUUUAGACCAUAAACUCCAGACAAAUCCAUCUAGCUACCUCUGGCGGCUAAGACUUUUCCUCUUAAAGAUUUUGUUUCAGACUUUACAGAAAACUCCAGCCGAAACACUGUGGAGACCAAGUCACCAGGAGUCAAAGAUUCGGCAUUGUGAUAAUGCUGCAUCGUUGAAUGAGAGUAGUCAGCAGCCUGACGGGGCAGAGACGAGUACAAAAGAAGCUCAGUCAAGUAACGUAGUUGGAAGUCGAGUAGAAGAUUUGCCAGUGGACCCAAAAGUAGGCAAAUCUGAAGAGGAGAUUCACGAGAAGAUUUCGAGAAAAUUGAAUGAGAUUCAGAGUAAGAUUGAAGAGGUGGAGCUUCACUUAACUCGUGAACACAUGAAAAGAGUCCUAGGUGAAGUAUACCUCCACACCUGGAUUACUGAGAAUACCAGUAUCCCAACUAGGGGUAUUUGUGACUUUUUGACCUCUGAUCCUAGCUAUGAUGAUAGGACAGCUAAGGUUUUGAUUUCUCACAAUUUGAAGAAACUGACCAAACAGACAUUUCCAGAGCACUGUUCCCUCUGUAAAGAGGUUCUACCGUUCACCGAUCGGCGCAAGGCUCUCUGCUCCAAUGGACACAUUUGGCACAGAUGUGUUUUGACAUACCAUGCUUGCCAGAGUCUGACCUAUCGCAGAUGUCUACUGCAAGACAGCAUUGCUCGACAACAGCUACCCUCAGAUCCUGACUGGAUUAAGCGUUUGCUUCAGAAUCCUUGUACAUACUGUGACUCUCCACUCUUCUGACGAGGUUUCGCAUUAGUGGACAAAGGGAAAUCAGAGCACAUAAUUGUGUCUUAAAUUCAGCAUUGAAAAGAUGAUGCUUAAAAUAUUUACCCUGCUCUCAGGGGAGUAUUGGCAUAUCGUUAGUACCCUUCUCUACUAUCAACGGGCAUUCGGAGGUGCAGCUUUAUGUUCUUUGGGGCACUAAAGGCAAAGGUGGAGGAUUCUCGGCGUCCCUCCACUGACACGUUCACGAAUUUCAGGGUUACUGGCGAAGGACACAGCUUUUCUCAUCAAUGUGCAUUAUUCUUCAGGAGGAGAAAAUGAAUGUAACUUUUUGCUACGUUCAGAGAAAAUGCAGUAGAUUGAGACAAAGUCAAGCACGAUUCUGUACAUGAGGAAUAUAUGUGAGGUAAAAUUGAACAGGUCAAGUUCUUGCCUGUUUGGAUCAAAUUUUCAUUUAAUGAAUUGAAAUGACUGAGGUAACCUGUUACUUCUGAAAAAACAACACUCGCUUGCUUUUGCAUCAGCAGGAACUGGACGCUAAAACUGUCUUCGGGAACAAUACAAUAAGGAAGUUUUUUAUAUACCAUUUGAGGUUUUGAGUAAAAAUGUGAUGCUUGUUGGGAAUUGUGCUCAAUCCAAGGUUGCAAGUUCCAGUACAAAUCUCCUGACUUGAGAAAUGGCCUUGGAACUAAUUGAGGGUGGGGUGGGACGGCGCGGUGAGGGCUUUUGUGAGCAGUGGCAAGAUUAUCAGGCUUGGAACUGUAAUUAACGAUGGGAUGGGGUAGGAUGGCGUGGUGAGGGGUAUGUGCUAGACUCUGACAAGUAGCAGUGGUAAAGUGAGCCUGAGUUUGCAGUUUAGGUUGAGGGAAAUGAAACACAACACACUAUUUGCCUUCAGAGGAUCUAUAUCUGACAUGAAGCCAAUUGAUCACAAGCUUGGAAGGACCCGUUAGACAUUUUCAUCUGUCUUCAAUUAAUGUAUGUUUUCAUAUUUUAAUUUUUUUUUGUUUCAUGACCCUUAUGCGUUGUGUACAUUUGUGAACACAAUUUAAGACUUGGUAAACUACUUUUUGUACUAUAAUUGUUUUCUCAAUAAAUCUGUUACUA